AGAGGCAGCUGCAGUCAGCAAGCACUCCUGGCCUGAGGAUGGCACAGAAACUCAGCAGCACCCCGGCCAGGGAGCUGGACAAGUUCAUAGAGGACAACCUCCUUCCCGACACCAGAUUCCGAAUAGAGGUCAAAGAGGCCAUCGACAUCAUAUGUACAUUCCUGAAGGAGAGAUGCUUCUGAGAUGCCAGCCAUGAUGUGAGGGUCUCCAAGGUGGUGAAGGGCGGCUCCUCGGGCAAAGGAACUGCUCUCAAGGGCAGGUCGGACGCCGACCUGGUGGUGUUCCUUACCAAACUCACCAGCUUUGAGGAUCAGUUAAACCGACGGGGAGAGUUCAUCCAGGAAAUUAAGGAACAGCUGUAUGAGUUGCAGCGUAAGAGACCUACAGGAGUGAGGUUUGAGAUCCAGAGUUCACCGUGGCCCAACCCCCGGGUACUCAGCUUCAAACUGAGCUCCCCCCAGCUCCAGCAGGAGGUGGAGUUUGAUGUGCUGCCGGCCUAUGAUGUCCUGGGUCAUGUAGGCAUCUACGGCAAACCUGACCCUGAAAUCUACAGAAGGCUCAUCAGAGAGUGCACCUAUAAGAAUCUGGAGGGCGAGUUCUCCACCUGCUUCACAGAGCUCCAGAGAAACUUCCUAAAGCAUCGUCCAACCAAGCUGAAGAGUCUCAUCCGCCUGGUCAAGCACUGGUACCAGCUGUGUAAGGAGAAGCUGGGGAAGCCGCUGCCCGCCCAGUAUGCUCUGGAGCUGCUCACAGUCUAUGCCUGGGAAUGUGGGAGUGGAGCCCUUGAGUUCAAAACAGCCCAGGGCUUCCAGACAGUCUUGGAACUGGUCAUCAACUAUAGGGAGCUUCAAAUCUACUGGACAGAGUAUUAUGACUUUGAAGACCAAUACAUCUCCAACUACCUGCACAGACAGCUCAGAAGAGCCAGGCCUGUGAUCCUGGACCCUGCUGACCCAACAGGGAACGUGGCUGGUGGGAACCCAGAAGCCUGGCGGCGACUGGCAGGAGAGGCUCUGGCCUGGCUGGAUUACCCAUGCUUUAGAAAUUGGGAUGGUUCCCGAGUGCGCUCCUGGGAAGUGCCGGAGGAGGAGGAUGUACCAUAUCAGCAGGUGGAUGAGAACUGGACUUGUGUCCUCCUGUGAGCACAGCAGCACCUUCCCAGAAGGCUCCGGAGUCGGGGGAUGUGUUCCUCUGCUGCAGGCCUUGACCAGAGAGGGAGAGUCCAACCUGGGAUCAGACUUCCAUCCUGUCCCAUCACAGACAGUCUUCCUCAUGGCUGCUUCAUCUGUGUUAUCCUCUGACAGCGUUCUCUGGGAGACAAGAGAUUUAGAAGGGGAGGGAAGAACUCCAGCUUGACUUCUGUCUGUGCACCUUUAGGGAGGUUCUGUUCAAUUUCUGAUCAACAGCAAUAAACCACAGCUGAUGCCA